UUAAUAUGGAUAGAUUAAAAGAUAUUGAAAGUAUGGCGCAUGGACAUGCUGGGGCCUUGGCUGGUCUCUUUUCUACUUGUCUACUUUAUCCUCUGGAAAACAUCAAAACAAGAAUGGCUGCAUCAUAAUAAAAAGAAGUCAUACAAGAGGUCAUUAUUAAAGUUUGGGAUUAAGAAGGGCUUUGGGGAUUUUUUAAAGGAGUUACUCCUUUAGCAUUAGGCAACUAUAUUUCAUAUGGAGUCUACUUUUUUUGGUACACAUUUUAUAUUUUAUGAGAAGGUAUGAGUAUUUUAAACAUUUGUUUAAAACAGAUAUUUCAAAUUCAUUUGCAUUAAUCAAACCAUCAUUAGCAUCAGCUAUUCUCACAACAUUCGUAACAAAUCCGUUUUGGGUUGUGUAAUCGAGAAUGACAAUCAGCAAAGAUAACCUUAAUUUUUUUUAGAAGACCAAGUAAAUUAUUGAAAAAGAAGGGUGGGAGGCCUUAAUGAAGGGUUUAUAGGCGUCGCUUAUAUUAACAAUAAAUCCUAUAAUUCAAUUUGUUAUUUAUGAAGCAUUUAAAAGAAGAUUUUAAUAUGCAGAAAAUUAAGCCUUAGUAAAUUUUAUUGGAGGAGCAAUAUCAAAAGCCAUCUCCACAAUUUUAACAUAUGUUUAGAAUUUAUCAUUUAUUAUUAGCCUUAUCAACUUCUGAGGACAAAAACACAUAUCAAGAAAAAUAGUUCAAAAUCAUAUUUUUCAGCAGCUGAAAAGAUCCUAAAAAAUGAAGGGAUUCAAGGAUUAUUUAAAGGUGAACCAUUAUCAUUUAUUAUUUAGGAUUGACACCAAAAUUGUGUUAAUCAGUAUUGAAUUCAGCAUUUUUGCUUAUGUUUUAUGAAAAAAUAUAUGAAAUCAUCAAAUAAGGAAUAAUCCUUAUCAUAAUUGAAAUUUUGAAAUAUCGCAAGAAAAUAAGAAAACUUUAGAAAUUAAAAUGAUAAACGAAGGUUGAUUUAUUUAUGUUUUUUAUGUUAUUUA